CUCUCUCUCUCGGACCCAAACUUGUUUCAGGAAAAGCGCCUGAACAUAUUUUUCUCUCGCUGGCUGGGAGAAACAGGACAGCCGCGUCCGUGCCAAGGAGAAGGCGUAGACUUCCUCCAAACAUUUCCUCCGCCAUCUCCGCUUUCGAGACUCAAAAGUUUUGUGGAAUCUCUGUAACGACAGGGAGUUUUUCCACCUUUUUCCCCCUUCCUCCACCAGCACCACCUGGGCGCCUCUUUCUUGUUUGCUCUUCAGUGGAUUCCUCGUUCUCCUCAGACAUCUGAACUUUCGCAGACAUGGACUGGGGAGCAGAUCUUUGGGACCAGUACGAUGUCAUUGACAAGCACACACAGUCAGGCCUGGACCUGGUGGAGCGUUACAUAAAAUUUGUGAAGGAAAGGACAGAGAUAGAGCAGAACUACGCCAAGCAACUCAGGAGCCUAACAAAGAAAUACGCCAAACGAGGGAGCAAGGAAGAGCAAGACUGCAAAUUCAGCAAUCAUGGAGCGUUCCAGGAGAUCCUGAACGAGCUGAAUGAUUACGCAGGCCAACGGGAGCUCAUCGCUGAAAACAUGAUGACCGGCAUCUGUGUCGAACUCACCAAGUACCUUCAGGAGCUCAAACAAGAACGGAAAACACACCUGUCUGAUGCCAAGAAGGCCCAGCAGAAUUUAGAGAGCAGCUUUAAACACCUAGAAAGUACUAAGAAACGCUUUGCCAAAGAAUGGGCGGAGGCUGAUAAAGCCACACAGCAAGCAGAGAAAACAGAGAGCGACCUCAAUGCCACCAGGCUCGAUGUCGAGAAAGCCAAGCAGCAUGCCCAUGCCCGCACACACACGGCGGAGGAGUGCAGGAACGACUAUGCCGCAGAGCUCCAGAAAUACAACAAGGAACAAAACCUAUUCUACUACUCAGAGAUACCACAGAUCUUCAAAAAACUGCAGGACAUGGAUGAACAGAGGAUCCGGCGGCUGGCGGAGGGCUACUGCCAGUUUUCAGACAUCGAAAAGAAGGUGCUGCCCAUCAUCUCCAAGUGUCUAGAGGGAAUCUCUUCAGCAGGAACGAAAAUUGAUGAGAAACAGGACUCGAUACUGUUCAUAGAGCAGCACAAGUCUGGUUUUGAGCGACCUGGAGAUGUGGAGUUUGAAGACUAUAGCCAGGGGAUCAAACCGGCAACCUCUGACUCCAGCCUCAACCCACCCAAAGUGCGCGCCAAGCUCUGGCCUUUCAGCAAGAAGCACCACAAGAUAUCUCAUGCUGAAAAGCACAUGCCACCGGCUGCGGAAGAUUUCUCUCACCUUCCUCCCGAGCAGAGGAAGAAGAGGCUGCAAGCGAAGAUUGAUGACAUCACCAAAGAGCUGCAGAAGACACAGGACCAAAGUGACGCACUGGAGAAGAUGAAGGGUGUGUACGAGCAGAAUCCGCAGAUGGGAGACCCCUCCAGUCUGGAGCCUCAGAUCACAGAGACUGCCCAGAACAUAGGGCGCCUGAGGGGGGAGCUCGCCAAAUAUGAGUCGUGGCUGUCGGAGGCCGUGGGAGGAGAAGAAUCUACCAACACCAUCAACAAUAAUACUCAACAUGGUGUUGUAGCAGCUGACCAGCCCCAAAACAUCUACACAGAGUUUGACGAUGAGUUUGACGACAUAGAAACGCCUAUUGGCCAGUGCACGGCUCUGUACACCUUUGAAGGCAACAGUGAGGGCACCAUUUCCAUUACAGAGGGAGAGCUGUUGAGUAUAAUGGAGGAGGAUAAAGGAGACGGAUGGAUGAGAGUCCUUAGAGCCAGUGGAGAGGAGGGCUAUAUACCUUCAUCCUAUGUCAAACUCACCCCGUAACACACACACACACACACACACAUACUCAGAGCUUGUGAUGGAAGUUAAGAGCCAAAGGUGAAUACAAAGUCAUCCAUGAUAAUUGGAGCUGUUCUCUACAUCUUUUAUCUCAGCCAGUGACGUGCAUGGUGAGAUGAAAGUGAGUGAUUAUAAAGCUUGUUAUCAAGGCUGAUUGCCGUAUCAUACACUCCCUGUCUCUGCUCGCUGGCGCAGGCGAGGCUGUCUUUAAACGCAGACUGCCAGUCUUUGUAGAUUUCAGCUCUUUAAAAGAAAAAAAACAAAAAACUUUUGAAUGUAUACCUGAACUUUUUGUCACAGUGUUAAGUGACGACUCAUGUUAACAUAUUGGGCAUCAUAGUAGCCUAACGCUACAUUUCUUUGUGUCAAUAUAUCCACUCACUUGACUUUCUGGCUGCCAUUUCUAGUAACCUGCUGAACUUUUCAUUUUAGUAACUCCAGCCUUCUGCUAAAACCUCUUUCCUGACAGGAUAAUGUGAGUUUUUGUUGUUGUUGCUGUUUUUAUCAUGGUGAUGUGAUGUUUUAUGACUUAUAACUGGAUGAAAACCACUGCUCUAUAGAGAGUGCACAAAAUAUAAUAUUUCGUCAAUGGACUGUCACAGUAAAGGAGAGGUUCACAUUUUCUUUGAUGUCUGUCUUAAAAUAAUACUAAAAUAAUACAGAUUGUGCUUCACCCUGUUUAUACUGGUCCUGAAGAUCCCUUCCUAAUGCAUUUCCAGUGUAAGUGAUGGAGGACAAAAUCAACAAUCAAUCGCUCUGUGAAAAAACACAUUUCACAGUUUUUCUGAGGGUAAUGUCAGGUAAUGUGGGAAUCUUCCAAAGGUUCAGAGCUUUUAAUGCAUCAUUGGUUCUUUGUGUUACUAUCCCUCCACUGUAGCUCAGCAGGAAAACACCGUGGAAACACAAAGAGGACUUUCACACUACAGAUGAGCACCUGACAAGAGAAAGUCAGACUUCUGAACCCCCAUAAUUAUCUUAAAUAAACUAGAAUACAUUUUUACACAGAAUGAGGAUGGUAGAUCUUUUUCCUGCCAUCUCUUACAUGUGAAGUGCUUCAGGAAGGGAUUUCCUAAUAGUGAUGGUAUGAAUAGGAAGAAUCAUCACAGAAAAUGGAUACACAUUGGCAUGUGACUAUUGUUUUAAGACAGACUUGAAAAAACUGUGAAUGUGUCCUGUAACUCCAUAUGAUACAUUCCAGCUUCUCUACUACAGCAAAGAUUUGCAAGAAAACUUUCUUUGCAAUGUUUUUGUGAAAGCACAAAGGUGUGAAAGCACAAAGGUGAAAAUGACCAAAGUUCAGUUUAAAAAAUAUAGAAUUUAGCAUUUUAAAAUUCCUGUGAGCUGACUGCACUUGAGGUUGUGACCGCUGUGCAGCUUCAUAUAGCACUGACAUUGUGAAAUCUGACUAGAAGUGCAACUUAAAAGUAGAUAGUAGGCAAUUAUUUAGUCUAAUUUUCACUUCCCAGUGUUGCACAAAAGUGGCUGGACUCUCUGUCCAGCAGUCUCAGCUGUGGUGAACAAGUGGUGCUGUGACUAUUUUAGUUUCUCAUGUUCUGGUUUUACAUUACAUUUAUUAGCCUCCAGAUCUCUGAAUCUCACUGAGACAAUGGCCAUUUAAAAUAAAAAUAAAAAAACUCGUCAGAUUCAGAUUACCUUUUCAACCAAACCACCAGGAUAGAUUUCAGAGGGAUGAAAUGGGAGUUCUGAGAUUUAGCUUCUCACUGGAUCUCUGCCAUGAGUGAUUAAAAGUUUGUUUAAGCACUUUUUUUUAAAAAAAAAUCCCCUUGAGAUAUGUUUUAACACAUCUUUCACUAAGUCUUAACUUGUGUCUGACAUAGUUUUUCCACAUAAACCUCAAUUAACUUGUUAAAAUGAUUUUAUUAUUACAUCUACUCACUAACCCUCAUUGAAAAAUUUACAAUCUAUGAAUUUACAAAUAUUACUCAUUCCAAAAGUUUUAACUGCUGGACACAAGAUGUCUCCUACUUCCUACUUAAGUAAGCUUUCAGUGUAUGUACACAAGAGGUUUGAAGUGUCAUAUUCAGCACCUACAUCAUUCUACACAGUGAACGUCAAACAUCCAAGAGAGGUAACAAGAGGAGGCAAUACGACUAUUGAGUGGAGACAUAAGGUUAACCCAUCUUUUCUGUCCUGCACUAGUAAAUGUUUUCUCAACAUUUAAGGGUAUUAUUGUACGAUCCAUUUUUUAAAAGAAAAUGUAUGUAUUUACAUGUAUCUUUUGAGUCAUAAAUUGAAAGAAAAAGA